UUUUCUACGGCUUCUGUGUGCAACACUAAGGGCUUGGUGUGCGAUGGCGCGUACGAAGCAGACGGCGCGUAAGUCGACGGGCGGGAAGGCGCCCCGCAAGCAGCUGGCUACUAAGGCGGCCCGCAAGAGCGCGCCGGCCACGGGCGGCGUCAAGAAGCCGCACCGCUACCGGCCCGGCACGGUGGCGCUGCGCGAGAUCCGGCGCUACCAGAAGUCCACGGAGCUGCUGAUCCGCAAGCUGCCCUUCCAGCGCCUGGUGCGCGAGAUCGCGCAGGACUUCAAGACCGACCUGCGCUUCCAGAGCUCGGCCGUCAUG